AUGGUAUCUGAAAAACCAGAUAACGUAAAUCAGCGAAGAAAACACUAUUCAUGUUUCCAAAAUUUUAAAUAUUAUAUCCUAGAAUACUGCCAAGAAGGAUCUCUUCAUGGACUCAAAUAUCUAGGAGGAAGUACAACUCUAAUAGAGAAAAUAUGGUGGGGUAUUAGUAUGUUCGUAUCCCUAUACCUUUUUACAGUAUUAGUCCUAAGCGCGUACACCAGAUGGGAAAAUAGACCUGUCAUCGUUAGUUUUGCUACAAAAGAUACGUCAAACUGGCAAGUUCCAUUUCCAGCUGUUACGAUUUGUUCAGAAACAAAAGCGAUACCCAGCAGAUAUAAUUACUCUCAUUAUUUAGAAAAGAAAAGGAAAGGAGAAAAGUUAAACCCGGUAGAUGAAGCCAAAUUUGGUUAUCUAUCUCUGGCAUGUAGAAAAAAUUUACAUCUUAAUCAUACAUCUAGUUCCAUCAAAUUUCCGAAAGAUGACAUAUUUCAAUUUUUGGACGCAGUACAACCCAAUUUUUUCGCUAGUAUUUCAAGCUGCAAGUAUAUGGGAUACGAUGAAAAUUGUACUGAACUAUUUUCUCCCGUAAUAACUGACGAGGGAAUAUGUUAUUCUUUCAAUUUAUUAGACAGAGAGCAAAUUUUUAAGAAGACAGUAGUCCAUUAUGGUGAUUUCCAUAGAGCUCCCCAUUCCAAUUGGAACAUAGAGCACGGAUAUUCCCUAAACGACGACACUAUGACCUAUCCACGACGAGCUCUAUACGCAGGAGCAAUUUUUUCAUUGGAAGGGAUAUUGACAGUUUAUGAUGAAGAGCUGGAUUACAGUUGCGGAUCUUCUGUACAAGGAUUCAAAAUUCAAAUAAGUCAACCCGCUGGUAUUCCAAGAGUAAGACAGCAACAUUUUAGAGUACCUCUGGACCAAGUAGUCAUAGCAACAAUAUCUCCAGAAAUCACGACUACUUCGGAAGCCAUAAAAAGGUAUGAUCCAAAAAAAAGGAAUUGCUAUUUUCCAAAUGAAAAAUCAUUGCAGUAUUUUUUAAAUUAUACCCAAAUGGACUGUCAGAUAGAAUGCAAGACAAACUACACGUUAGAAAAAUGUGGAUGUGUUGACUUUUAUAUGCCAAGAGCAAAUGAAACGGAAGUAUGUAUAGGAGAAAAAAUUAACUGUAUAUUCCAAAGUGAACGUGAAAUGCUACUAACGGGUAUUGAAAAAAAAAUCAAAAUGCAAAGAGAAGGGAAAAACUCAAAAACAGUAGACAAAUGCGACUGCAUGCCAAUUUGCACGUCCAUGUACUACAAUUUGGAAACAUCUCAGUCACCAUGGAACUGGAAAAGGCAGUAUGACACCCGAAACAAUAAAAAACACUUAUCUUCGUUCCAAAUAUUUUUCAAAGGAAACCAGUUUGUGACUAUGGAAAGAAACGAACUAUUCGGAAUCACCGAUUUUCUGGCCAAUUUUGGAGGACUGUUGGGCCUGUUCGUUGGAUUUUCUCUACUGUCUCUUAUAGAAAUUUUAUACUUUUUAACAUUAAGGAUAUUUAUUAAUAUUAAAUUGUUUGGUAGAAGUAAUUGGUCUGGGCAUCAAUAA